GUCAUAAGUUGUUGUUAGUAAUACCUUUUUAAUAAGAGUUAGGAAAGAAACUACAUACACAAAUUGAAGAGAUCGAAAAUGUCACGCUUUAGCGGAGCACUCCAGCUCACGGACCUGGAUGACUUUAUUACACCCUCUCAGGAAUGUAUUAAGCCCGUAACCAUAGAUAAGACAAAAUCCAAAACCGGCGCAAAAAUUACUGUUCAAGAAGAUGGCUACUACGAGGAAUCAGAGAGUGGCAAACAUAAACUGCAAAAAGUGGAAAUCACGCUACAGGACUGUCUUGCCUGCUCUGGCUGCAUAACCUCGGCCGAGGGCGUGCUCAUUACUCAGCAAAGUCAGGAGGAGCUACUUAAGGUGCUGCGUGAAAACCAAGCCCUCAAAGCAACUGGUGAAACCGAUAAAGUACGCACUAUUGUUUUCACCAUAGCUACGCAACCGAUUCUGAGUCUGGCAAAUCGCUAUAAUCUUGGUGUGGAUGAUACCGCUCGGCACUUGGCCGGAUACUUUCGUUCACUAGGAGCAGAUUUAGUGCUGGGCACCAAAAUUGCUGAUGAUUUGGCCCUUCUAGAAUGCCGACAAGAAUUUGUAGAGCGCUUUCGGGAUAAUCCACAAUUAACUAUGCUCUCGUCGUCUUGUCCCGGAUGGGUGUGCUAUGCCGAAAAAACACAUGGCAGCUUUAUACUUCCCCACAUAGCCACGACGCGCUCCCCUCAGCAAAUUAUGGGGGUGCUGGUAAAGCAGUUUCUGGCCGAGAAAUUAGGUUUUUCCGGUUCGCGUAUCUACCAUGUGACAGUAAUGCCGUGUUAUGACAAGAAGCUGGAGGCUUCGCGUGAGGAUUUUUACAGCGAAGUGAACAGUUCGCGAGAUGUCGACUGUGUAAUAACGUCAAUUGAAGUCGAACAAAUGUUGCUGACGGAAGACAAAGCUCUGCAUUUGUAUGAUCCCACAGAGCUGGACUGGCCUUGGACGGAUCAAAGUCCGGAGAACAUUGCUUGGGCUCACGAGAGUACUUUGUCUGGUGGCUAUGCCGAGCACAUAUUUAAAUACGCUGCCAAGGAGCUCUUCAACAAUACGCUGCAUGAAUUGGACUUUAAGCAGUUAAGAAACCGCGACUUCCGUGAGGUGAUCCUAGAGAAAGACGGACAGACAGUCCUCAAGUUUGCCAUAGCCAAUGGCUUUCGCAACAUACAAAACCUAGUGCAAAAGCUGAAGCGCGGCAAGGCGUCCUAUCACUUUGUAGAGGUGAUGGCCUGCCCCUCUGGCUGCGUUAAUGGUGGAGCCCAAGUGCGUCCAACAACCGGCCAACACGUGAGCGAGUUGACGCAACAGCUGGAGGCCCUCUACAAGCAGCUGCCGCUCUCCAUACCUGACAACACACAUACGAAGCAAAUGUACAGCGAUUUUCUAGACGGCGCCCAUACAGAUAAAGCCCGCGAAAUGCUGCAUACAAGUUAUCAUGCUGUCGAAAAACUGAACUCUGCUUUGAACAUCAAAUGGUGAAGUUCUAAUGAAAACUGUUAUUGUUAAUACUUAUCUACAUAGUAGGGUAAGAUGAUUAGAAAUAAAGCCGACUGUUACAUAGUUUA